AUGGCCGACGCCGCGAGACUCCGCUUCUGUCUGAAGGAGACCGCCCUGAUCGCCACGCUUUACGUCAGUCUAUCGCUUAUGGCAUUCUUCAUCAACCGCCUCAAAUUCGUAUCCAACCCCUCCAAGUCGUCCGCGACCAUCGGCCGCGUUUUGAUCGUCCUCGCUGCAGUAGCGUUUGGGGCCGUCGCCGUCCUCCUCCAGCUCCGCAUCGUCUUCGUUGCGAGAAAUCGCGCAAAGCAGCUGUGGAUCGAGGAACAGCACGCCGCCGCUCGCAUACGUGUCGCCCUCAGGGAAGCGGAAGGCUUCCGCACGCCAGAACCGGGAAUCGAUGGAGGAGCGGAUGGGUCGGAUGAUGAGGCGGAAGGUGCAACUCAGGGACGCAAUGAGGAGCGGCAUGCAAGGGAGAGAGAGGAGGAUUCGGGGACCCAGUUCGGUGAGGGGGCAGGCGAUAUAGAGCUACAGGAUUGGGUGCGAAUUGACCGGAGCGAUUCUCAAGAUCGCGAUGGCACAAAUAGCCUAGGGCGGGCGUCGUCGUCGGAGGAUAUGCCAAGCGAGGAGGAGCAGCGGGAGGCGGCCCGGAUAGCAGUCUUGGAGGAACGAAUCGGACGCAUCUUGUUCGGAAACGAUCAUCACGCGGGGAGAUGGCAUGGGUCCGCACGGAGAGUCGAGCAGCAUCCGCAUCGUUCCCCAGUGCGAGGAGAGUCCAGUAACACGGGAGCUGCACACGAAGGCCGACGUCGUUUUUUCGCUGGAAAGACCGACCAUAUCGCGAUGGCUCCACCUGAUAUCGAUUCCGUCCGUGAUGUCGGCACCGGAGGUGGAUGGUGUCGCCGAGGGGCAGAACGGGAGAUGGCCACGAGGCUUGCCCAUUAUCUCGGGUGA